AAUGCUAUUUUGGCGCAUAAUCUUGAAAACCAUUUCUCGGAGAAUUCGAGUGGAGAGAAUAGAAGCUCAGGGGAAUCAGAAUCUCCUUCCAACCGAGAAAUAGAAUCACCGUCUUUUUCCUUUUCCCUUUUCCCUUUCGCUUUGGCUUUGUGAAUUCCCACAAAUUAGCUCCUAAUGGCGAGCUUGUGACUCGUGAGGGACCGAUCGAAACGUCGCCGCUUCGAAAGCAGCCAUGACUUUGAGCACAGACUCUCGCACUCCUCUGGAGUGGAAGUUCUCCCAGGUCUUCGGCGAACGAGCUCCCGGAGAGGACCUCCAAGACGUUGAUAUCAUAACGACGAUGGGAUUCGAUAAGAGUGGAGAUUACCUUGGUGUUGGAGAUCGAGGCGGCCGUGUUGUAAUUUUCGAAAGAAAGGAUGGGAAAGAUACUUCAAAUCAGCACCUUUCUCGGAAUGAGUUGGAGCAGAUGGAUUUUUGUUUCACAGGCCAUCCUCAAUUCCAAUAUAAGACCGAGUUUCAGAGUCAUGAGCCUGAGUUUGAUUAUUUGAAGAGUCUGGAAAUUGAAGAGAAGAUCAACAAAGUAAGAUGGUGUGCAACACAGAAUGGAUCGCAAUUUGUCCUUUCAACAAAUGAUAAGACGAUUAAACUGUGGAAGGUCAAGGAACAUAGAGUGAAGAAAGUAAAAGAAAUUGACCAUAAUCCACUUGUGUGUUCAGAGAAUGCACUUUUGGCUGAAAGGAGUUUCAUGAGUGGGCAAGAUAAACCAUCUGUUGAUAAUGGCUAUCAUCUUGAAUGGACAGAAAAGAUGGCUGCAAACACUUCGCCAUUUCAAGAAGUGCAUUCCAAGAUUGCUGAUAUUGAAGACACUGCUCGCACAAGAUGUCGAAAGGUGUAUGCUCAUGCUCAUGAUUUUAACAUUAACUCCAUCUCAAAUAAUAGUGAUGGUGAGACAUUUAUUUCUGCGGAUGACCUGAGAAUAAACUUGUGGAACCUUGAGAUUAGUGAUCAGUGUUUCAAUAUCAUGGAUAUGAAGCCAUCAAACAUGGAGGAUCUUACUGAGGUCAUAACAUCAGCUGAAUUCCAUCCAAUUCACUGCAAUCUGCUUGCAUACAGCAGCUCUAGAGGUUUUAUUCGUCUAGUUGACAUGCGGCGUUCAGCAUUAUGUGAACACAGUGCAAGAAUAUUACAAGAUGGAGGAUCUCAUGGGUUUAAAUCAUUUUUCACAGAGAUCAUUGCGUCCAUCUCUGAUAUAAAGUUUUCAAAUGAUGGGCGGCACAUCUUAAGUCGUGAUUACAUGAAUCUGAAGCUGUGGGACAUUCAUAUGGAUUCAUCGCCAGUUACAACAUUCAAGAUUCAUGAUCACUUGAACCCUAGGUUAUGUGAGUUGUAUAAUAACGACUCAAUAUUUGAUAAAUUUGAUUGCUGCCUUAGUGGAGAUGGAACUCAUUUUGCAACUGGAUCUUACAGCAAUCUGUUACGUGUUUUCUCCCAUGGUGCUGGAGGUGCAGAAGGGAUCACAAUAGAAGCUAGCAAGAGUCCCGGCAGGAGGCCACUUCGUGAUGCUGCUCCAAGGACUAGAAGGUCAUCCUUAAGCAACCUGACACGGGGACUUUAUCGCCUUGGGCAUGAAAACUCAAGCUCAGGUACUAAUGAAUUCUCUUGUAACUUAAGCUCCAAGCUACUACAUUUGGCAUGGCAUCCAACAACAAAUUUAAUUGCUUGUGCCGCUGGGAAUAGCUUGCUCAUGUACUAUGCAUAAUUUCCUGUACAGUUGUACUCCUAACAAUAGAAAGAUGCCUUAAAUCAAAUAAUCAUAGGAAUUUUUAUGUGCA